CUUACGUUUUAGCUGACACUGAGCUAAAUCUCAUCAUGGCUAGAGUUUUGUUUGUUGGGGUUAUCUCACUUCUGGUGGCUGUUGUGGUAGGAGAUAGGGGGAGGGGGCACCACGGUAGAUGGGGAGAUGACCGACACGACGGAGACUGGCAGGAGGGAGGCUAUAGACAUGCGGCUGUAGCGGCGGACACAGCCCAGUGUUCGACCGUCGGCAAAAAUAUACUACGUAAAGGUGGCAAUGCCGUGGACGCUGCUAUUGCUGCCCUGCUAUGUUCAGGUCUCACAAGUGCCCAGUCUAUGGGCAUUGGUGGAGGUUUUUUCAUGACCAUCUACAACAGGGCCUCUGGGAAAUCAACAGUGAUCGACUCAAGAGAGACAGCACCUGAGAAAGCUACAUCUGACAUGUUCGCCGGCAAACCAUCCUCGUCUGUUAUUGGCGGGCUCAGUAUCGCCGUCCCAGGUGAAAUCAAAGGCUACUGGUACGCACAUCAAAAGUAUGGCAGGCUGCCGUGGUCAGAUUUGUUUCAACCAGCCAUCAAGAUGGCCGCUGAGGGAUUUCCCGUUGACGUUUCAUUGGCCAAAGCAAUCAAAGACGCCGAGGCUAUGUUGUCAACAGAACCAUCUAUGAAAUCUGUUUUUAUGAAUGAGAAAACGGGCGAGCUAUUUAAACAAGGAGAGAUGAUGAAGAGGUCACAGUUAGCUAAUACGCUCCGAGUAAUCGCUAAUGAAGGGAUGACGGCACUGUACAAUGGAUCGCUGACUGACGAUUUAAUGAAGGACUUGGAAGAUAUUGGAUCGAUAAUCACAAGGGAUGACCUCAAGAACUACAAAGUUCUGGAGAAAAAACCAGUGGAGAUCAAACUAAAUGUUGGACUGAGAGUGGUCGCCCCUCCCGCACCCAGUGGCGGACCCAUACUGUCUUAUAUUCUCAAUAUACUCAACGGCUACAACUUUACCCCCAAAAGUGUUGAAACAGACGUCAAGAGGACCCUGACAUACCACAGGAUUGCCGAGGCUUUUAAAUUUGCCUACGCUAAGAGGACCGAGAUGGGUGACGAUACGUUCAUGGACUUAUCACAGUUGAUUCAGAACCUGACGUCACGGCAGUACGCUGAUAAAACACGUAGUAGAAUCUCCGACACUCAGACGCAUGACGUCAUGUACUACGGUCCGACCUACGACUCCAAGGUCACUACAGGGACAGCACAUCUGGCGGUGCUAGACAAGGAGGGCAACGCCGUGUCUGUUACAAGCACCAUCAACGCCAGGUUCGGAUCCCAACGUCGCGGCAUGAGAACCGGUAUAAUCUUCAACGACGAGAUGGACGAUUUCAGCACGCCUAACGUCACCAACUACUUCGGGUUCGAACCCUCACCAGCGAACUUCAUCGCUCCCGGCAAGCGGCCAGUGUCGUCCAUGUGUCCGACUAUCUUCAUCGGGCGUGACGGUCGAGUGUCCAAAGUUCUAGGAGCGGCAGGCGGUUCUAGGAUAACUUCGUCCACAGCUUGGGUGGCAGCACACGUCCUGUGGCUAGGGGACACAUUGAAGGAGGCGGUCAACAGACCCAGACUCCACCAUCAGCUGGUGCCGCACGUGCUGGAGCACGAGGCCAACUUUAACCCCGUUAUUGUGGCAGGACUACGUACCUUUGGCCACAACACGACCGAGGCACCUUUUGGUAAAUCAGUCCUACAGGGUAUCAGCGUGCGGAAUGGCAGGAUCUACGCUGAAAGCGAUUACAGGAAGGGUGGGGUACCUGACGGUUAUUAACACCUGGAUGACUGUUUGUUUAGAAUAAUGAAUCUGUCAAA